GGAUACGCAGCGGGCGCAACACAACAACUCCAUUCAACGUGAAGGCGUCGACGAAGCUGUGCGUAAACAACAGAUUUGAGACACUGUUCCAGAAGACCCGUCGGGGUACAAUCUUUAGUCGGUUGAUAAGAUGGGUGACAAGUGCAAAUGUGGUCCAGGUUAUGCAACACCGCUGGAUGCCGUCCGGAAUGGGCCGAUCGAGCAGCUUCUGUACGUGGUCUGCGUGCAGCCGAAUCUGGACGAGGAACACGGUGACUAUCUGGCCACGGUUGACGUGGAUCCAGCGAGCUCCACGUACUGUCAGGUAAUUCACCGCACGUUCACCAACAGCAAGGGAAAUGAGCUGCACCACAGUGGCUGGAACACCUGUUCCAGUUGUCACGUCGUGAAGGGUGACCCGCAGCAAGUGCCCACCAGAGACCGCUUGGUGCUUCCCUGUCUUAACUCGGACCGGAUCUUCGUCGUUGACACGGGCACCGAUCCACGAGCCCCGAAGCUGGCCAAGGUGAUCGAGGGCGACGUGCUGAAAUCAGUCAACUGUACCGCUCCCCACACGACGCACUGUCUACCGAGUGGCAACAUUAUGGUCUCGGUGAUGGGUGACGCCGAGGGGAAGGCGUUGGGUGAGUUCGUCGAGUUCGACAAGAACUUUGAACUGGUGGGCAAGUGGACCCGGGGCGAGAAGAAGGCUGUCUGUGGGUACGACUAUUGGUACCAGCCGCACUUCAACGUGCUGGUAGCGUCCGAAUGGGGCGCUCCGCAACUGUUCCGUCGUGGAUUUAAACCCACGGAUAUCGAUGAUUGGACGCAGUACGGUCGUCGCUUGAACUUCUACCGCUGGCAGGAGCGGGAACUCUUCCAAACGCUCGAUCUCGACUUGGAAGGGGCCACUCCGCUCGAGAUUCGCUUCCUGCACAAUCCCAAGGAGAACCAGGGCUACGUGGGAUGUGCGCUGAACGCGAAUGUCUAUCGGUUCUACCAGAAACCGGGCGCCAGCGAGUACACGGCUGAGAAGGUGAUCGACGUGCCGGCGAAGAAGGUGGCCAACUACGGUGAUCCCACGAUCGGUGGUAUGAUGACGGACAUUCUGAUUUCGCUCGAUGAUCGUUUCCUGUACUUCAGCAACUGGCUGCACGGGGAUGUGCGUCAGUACGAUAUUAGCGACCGUGCCCGGCCUCGCCUUACUGGCCAGGUGUUCCUCGGUGGCGCCAUACAGAGUGAUUCGAAGGUGCGCGUCCUGGAAGAUCCGGAGCUAAGUGAGCAACCGGCGCCACGCUACGUGAAGAACCGCCGUCUGCAGGGAGGGCCGCAGAUGCUGCAGCUCUCGCUGGACGGGAAGCGCCUGUACGUAUCGUCCAGUUUGUUCUCGCCCUGGGACAAGCAGUUUUAUCCGGAGAUGGUACGGGCUGGCGGUACGAUCGUUCAGCUGGACGUCGACGUCGUGAAUGGGGGCAUGAAGGUGAACGAAGACUUUCUGGUGGACUUUGCCGACGAACCGUACGGACCUGGAUUACCUCACGAGAUGCGCUACCCCGGAGGCGACUGUACGUCCGACAUUUGGCUGGUGGAUGAGUAAAUUGCUGUCAACAUUCCGUAAACAUUCCUUCUUUUCCUGAGGUGUUGGGGAAUUCGUUCAAUUACAUG